AGCGAGCUGUUCGAGCAGCCGCCGACUCACCGUACUACGUUCUCUGGCGUCCUCUUCACCUACUCCGACGCGCCCAAGGCCAGCUCCAACCCCGACGCCUCUUCUCCGACCUGUCAAGCACAUCCAGCAGCAAGAUGGAUCAUGAUAAGAUACCGAAAGCACAUUGGGAUGCUGUGUCCACCACAGUUUUUUGUGAAAUCUGCGCCGAUCAAAAAGAAAAAGGAAAUAGACCUACAGCUUUUCUUAGUCCGGAGGGGUACAAGAUUCUAGGUAUCGAAUUUGCUCGUAGGACAGGGAAAACCUAUUCGAGGCCGCAGUUCAAAAAUAAAUGGGAUUCAACCAAAUCAUUGUACCAAGCAUGGGUGUAUUAUAGAACGAAAGCAACUGGACUUGGUUGGGAUCCGGUCAAACAAACAAUCACAGCGUCAAAGGAACAGUGGGAUGAACUGAUCAAGGCUAACAAGCUUAUUGCGGGUUUCAAGAGAGGUCCUCCGGACAACCUGGAGAUGAUGGAUCAGAUGUUUGAGGAUGCCCAUGUUGAUGGUACAUCGGCUGUCAUGCCGGGAGUGCCAAAAGAGGUGCCCGCUGAUUUGGUUAAUAUUGUCGAUGACGAAGAGGCAACACCAACACCUCCGAAUAAAAAGCGUGGGGCUGCUAGGAUUGCAGCCAGCCCGGGGAAGAAAAAGAAGAGUCCAAUGCAGCAAGACUUUAAGCGUUUUAUUGACCAUUGCAUUAAUGAAGAUCGGGCUGUCUCAUCUUCAACCCAAAUUGUUCAAGACAUUGAAGACAUCAUGAAAGAAGUUGUGGAUUGUGGAGCCCUUGAGGGUAGUGUUGAGCAUUACAUGGCAACUAAAUUGUUUAGCAAACUUGAAAACCGAGCUUUCUUCCAUACCAUGAAGACAUCGGAGGGUCGGCUUCGUUGGUUGAAGAUGCAAUAUGAGGAUAGGAAGAGAAAUUAGAGAUUGUAUCUUUAUGCUUUAUAUGCCUAUCUCAUAAUGUACUUUUGAGAUUGUAUCUUUAUGCUUGCAUGUAAUGACUACUAAGUUCUGGAUUGUAUCUAUAAUGUACUUUGAGAUUGUAUCUUUGUGCUAUU